GCCUCAAACUCACAUCCAUCCUCCUGCCUCAGCCUUCCGAGUGCUGGGAUUACAGGCGUGCACCACACCUGGCCUAAGAACACUUCUAAUAUCUACUUCUAAACUUCCCUACUUUGUACCCUCACAUUUCUAAGAGUAACUUAUACUUACUCAUUAACUUUACAACUUUAUGUGGGAAGAGAGGAUUUAUGGGGGAACUUGGGGGUGUUAGGCAGAGAAAAGUAGACAUAGGAAAAACUAAAAGAGAGGCAGAAGAUGGUUCAUUACCUUCUAGGGACAGGGGAUCCCCAUUCAGUAUGACUGAGACUAUGGGGAAGAUUAGGGAGGUUAUAGAAGAAUGCAUUCUUCCAUAUUGCUUGAAUUGCACACAACUUCACAGGUUGAAUCUGUUUUAGUAACGAAGUUUUCAUUCUGAAAAGACACAAUGAUAACAGUAGAAGCCAAAGACCUCUCCCAAGGUUGUUCAUGACAGAGCAGCUGUCUUCCUCCAAAGAGAAUGAUCCAAGAGAGAGCAACCAAGACGGCAGCAGGUGGGCAAUGUGAUGACCAAGUUCGCACACAUCACCUCCCAACUGCCACCCAAGGCUGAGGAAUUAGCCUCCCCCUGUUCAAGAGGGGAGUAAGCUUUUGAAGACAUAUUUUCUUACACCGCCGCACAACGUGUGAAGGGCAUCAUGGCCCAACUAAGCACGCACACAGUGAAGAGCAAUUUAAAUAGUGAAACAUUUCUCUGCAAGCAGCACAUCAAAAGCAGUUUCAGAAAGGACGUCAUUUGGAUGUCACAAAAUCUGUCUGAACAUUGACAUUUACUCCUAAUAGUCUCAACAAUAACACACGACUCUGCACAAUGCUUUUCAUACUUUGUUUCCUCAAGGCAGUGCUGAUCCUGUCUUGCGGUCACCAGCAUCUUUUGAACACUGCCUUCCUGUUAGAGGAUUCGCCUCCAUCUUGAAGACAGCGUCCUGAGACCAGAACUUGGGUCCUUAGGUCCUCGCACCUAGGACCAGGGCUGGGACCCUUGUUCUUCCAUCCAUCCCUGCGGAGCGAAAGUGUGUAUCUGGAGGACAGCAGCCUGGCCCAGGAUCCUGUUUCCAGGCAGGAUGAUGUGUUGGGCUUGGUCUCCAUCCUUAGGCUCUGCGUUCUUCUGGAUAGCUAUCUCUACCUAGUCCUGCUAACUCGUCACCACAGGACCCAUUUUACCCGUCUCAGAACUUCCUUUACCCCAUUACUCCACUUAAACAAGCACACACACUAAACCAGUGGUGCAAAAGGAUAAUGAUUGUAAGUGCAUAGAUUCUGUGAAUGAGAGACUGAAAGAGGGGGACAGUAGGGACACCUAGACUGCUGUGUGAGAGCUAGGUGUUUAACUAAAGGGUGAAUGGUGAGCUGGACUCCAGCGGUUAACUAGUUGCUGGUUGAAGGACUACCUUGAACAACCACUGUGGCUAUUGGGCUUAGAUUCCGAGGGCAGGCAUCCCAAGACAGAGAAGCACAGCACCCCCCGACCCAGCCCUGGAAGUCACACAGCACCACUGCCAGACACAGCCUGUCUGGGAUCUAGCAGGGGGAACCCAGAGUGCCCCCUCUGCCCCCCACGCCCACUGCACGAUACUUUUCACACUUUGUCUCCUCAAGGGAGUGUUGAUCGUAUCCCGCAGUCGCCAGCAUCUUUUGAACACACCACGGAUGAGAGCGCAGUCAGACCCACCGCGAGGCAGGGAACGUUGGAAGGGAAUACUGCUGUGGUUCUUUGGAAAUAUAAAAGCUGCCACACCCCAGAUCCACAGCGGCUCUCCCAGAACUUACCCAUAACUCAUUAGAGUAACUUGUGCUCCAGGCCCAUCCCUGGACAGUAGUCAGGACUGCUGAGAAAACAUUUAGCGCAGUCUGGAGGCACCGAAGACGUACUUCUAAGGGGCGCCCUAGCGGGGGCUGUGUUGCUCAGAUCGGUCUUGCACCAGGAGCUUGUUGGAAGCUAAAUCUGGGAUGAAACCCAGUCUCACCCAAGCAGUGUAGCGCCCAGUUCCGCAGACCGUGGAGGGGUGACGGAGGGACUGAGCUCUGCGAUGCUCCCCGAAACAGGGCAGCGUGGCCAGCGAGCCUCUUCUCCCGCAGGAGUCUGUAACCCGGCUCCUGGGUGCGGCCUGAACUUCCAGUCCGGGAUGUGCACACCCCCUCUACCGGCUCCUGAGAGAACGAAAUCCGCCCCUGCGAGCACCGCGCGCAGCCACGCGGGUCGCACAGCGGCAGCCGGCGCUGUCCCCUUGGCAUCACCAAGUCUUCAGGGUCCCCGGCUGCGGCGCAGAAGCGCGGUGGUGGGUGCAGCGUGUGGCCCGCGUGCCCUCACUCAGGACGCCCCAGGCCCCGCACGUUCCGGGUCCCCAUCGCCCCACUCCGGGGCGAGGCCCGAGCGUCUGUGCUGGUCCCGUUCUCGUGGGCUUCUUGGGGGGCGGCGCAGCCCCCCACAGCCGUCACAGUCGUGUGCCCGGGGCCGGGGCGCCCCACGCACCCCAGGACCGCAGCCCGAGCGAGGCGAGGCCCGGCGUCCAGCGCGAUCGCGGCUGCGU